AUGAAAUCCCUCUGUUUGAACGUUACGUUUUGUUUUCAUACCUUCUUUGAGAUUCUUCAAUCACUAUGUCACCUGUUAUUAUUCAGUACUGCAAUCAUGUUUAGAGAGCAUGCAGAGAGAAUGAAUUCCCAUCUCCUAUUGAAUCGAUCAGUGAUGUACUUGGUUAUUGGAGUUUCCUUGAUGUUAUUAAUUCUACUUAAGGUUUUUGUUUGGGUUUCUUCAAUUUUGACCUUUAGAAAAUUGUCAUACAGAGUUGAAACUGACUACCAUCCACUCUCCUCUGAUGAAUGUUCAUCAGUCAAGUUGGUAGAAAGAGUCAAUUCAAGAUCAUGGAUUCAAAACAUCAGAUUAUUGUACUAUAUUAGAAAAUCCAUUCAUUCUAACAUUUUUGUGUUUGCCUUAUCAACAAUUUCAUUUGCCUCUAUGGUUUCUUGUGUAACGUUGAGUAUUCUCUUCAUUCUAUACUAUUACACUAUUGAAUAUGUCUUGAUCACUUGUAUUACUUCACUUGUUGUAACUAUUUUAAGCAUACCAAUCAAUACUUUCCUCUUCCUUCAUUCCUUCAUCAAUGAAUCUCUCAACAAGUUGGGUCACACAGCUGGAGAGUCAUCAAACCCUCAACAUGAUGAAGAAAACAAAUUCACUCACAACACAACCAUUCAAACACCUCGUUCCACCAUGUCUCAAGAUGAAAAGGGAAAUGAAACGUCCUAUGAAUCUUCCAUACUUUCUGGAGGUGAUGGUUAUUCAAUUAUUAAUAGUGAAACAUCUCAUCUUAUUACAAGUGGUGGUGGUGGAGCAAUAUUUGAGAGAGAUCACAAUUCUUUGGAGGAUAAAGAUGAGAAUGAGGCAAGGCCCUUCUUUACUACCUCAACAAGUUCCUCUCCAAUGCAAAUCAAAUUAGAUCAUCACCAUCAACAACAAUUUGAUAAUCCAUUGCAAGGAACCUCCAAUUUCACUAAUUUGGUUCAGGAUGAUCCACCCCAAGAAAUUCAAAAACCACAACAAGUCAAACCAAAAAACAAUAAUGCAAAUAAUAAGAAACUAAAGAAGAAGAAGAAACAAAAUCUAGCCCAAAUUGAAACUCUUAAUUAG